AAAAAAAAAAACUAUGCCCCUUCUCUUUAAAACGCUCACACGCAUUACUGUUUUUUUUUCUUAGUUGCAUUGCACCAUUAAAAAUAUAAUCCUUCAAGAGAGAGUCUUAACGAAAUGAGAAUCAUUUCAAUGGCGGAGAUGUACGGAGGCGAGUUGACGGAGCUGCGUUCCUUAUCCGCCAUAGCCGCCGCAGAAGAAGAUGAAGAAAAAGGGUUCGGACGCAAAGGUUUCAGACAAAGCAUUAAUGGCUACGAGCUCGAAGACAAUGCUAAGACUGUCUGCGUUACGAGCGGUCUUACGUUCGUCGGCCGAGUCAUCGUCAAACGCCUCUUGCUUCUCGGCUACUCUGUUCGUGUCAUUGUUGAUAGCCCAGAUGAUGGAUCGAGAGUAAGGGAGAUGAGGGACGAAACGGCAGCAUUUCACGGAGAAAUGGAAGCCGUGACGGCGAAGUUAACGGAAGUCGGUAGCUUAGUAGAAGCCUUUGACGGAUGUAACGGCGUUUUCCACACUUCCGGGUUCAUCGAUUCCUCCGGCGUGUCAACGUAUUAUCUUCAAAUAAGAUUGUUGAAAUAUCUUUAUCGGUUGAAAGUCCACAUGAUCCCCGAAUAUGGUGAGAUAACGAUCUUAACCAAUCACAUUCUCGACUUGCCUCAUAAAUCGCCAAUAUUUCUGCGUGAUUAG